GAAUUGUCCUUAUAUAACGUUUAAUCACUUUGAAUGUUUCUAGAGCAUCAUUUCAUAGAGUAAAUAGAAACACGUUUAUAAAUGGCACAAGACAUUUUAAAAAGCAGCUUGGAAAAUGCUAGCUUCAAUAUAAUCUUUCAGGUACUAUGUCGAUGUGUAACAUUCGUUUUAAAUGCCUUCGUGGUACGUCACGUUGGUCAGGCUGUCUUAGGUGUAAUGAAUGUAAGACUCCUUCUUUUGGAGUCUAUGAUAUUGUUUCUCUCACGUGAACCAUUUAUGAAAGCAUGCUUGACCAACACUGCAGAUCACAAUUGGGCACAAGUUGUCAAUUUACUAUGGGUGACUGUUCCCAUAUGUGUCACUAUGUCUGUAAUAUUUGGCUACAUAUGGCUUUUUUUGCUAACAACUGCUGAAACUCUGCCCCCAUACUACACAUUUGCUGUUUGUGCAGUAGCUGUCUCAUGCAUAAUUGAACUGUGCUCACUGGUGAUUCAACUGAUUGCCAGUGCAUUUCUCUUUGUUAGAUUAAAAAUUGUUUUGGAUAGUAUCAUGAUAGCCAUCCGUACCAUGACUUUUGUACCUUUGAUUCUUUAUCGACCAGAAAAUGCUCUGUUUGCAUUUGGUGUGGCUCAGUUAGUUGCUGCUAUAUUUUACACGACUAGUCAUUACAUUUAUUUCCACUACUACAUCCAACGAUUAAAAUUUAAGCCAAGAAGAAAGAUGUCCCUGAGAGACAGUAGCGACGAAAUCGUCUCUAAAGAAUUUCCAUUCGAGUCUGUAUCGGACUUUUUACCUGGUCAGCUAAGAAAUAACGAUUCUUACUUGGAUAAGAAACUAUCCGUGUUAACAUGGAGUUUCUUUAGACAAGGUAUAUUAAAACAAAUUUUAACAGAGGGUGAAAGAUUAAUCAUGACUGUCAUUCCGGUAUUAACAUUUGCUGAACAGGGAACAUAUGAAGUUGUUAACAAUCUAGGCUCAUUAGCAGCUAGAUUUAUCUUCCGUCCCAUAGAAGAAAGUGGGUAUUUUUAUUUCACUCAGAUGGUUAGACGAGAUAAACCACUUUCCGAUCAGAAUUCAAGUAAAAUACAAGAGAGCGUCAAUGUUUUGACACAAUUAUGCUCAGUUGUAACUUCAAUAGGAUUGGUUGUACUUGUCUUCGGACAAUCUUACUCGUCGCUGCUACUGUGGAUGUAUGGUGGUUCAAAAUUAACAUCAUACUUACCAGUGCUUCUGCUUAGAACGCAUUGUCUAGCUGUUUUAUUGCUUGGUAUAAAUGGCGUCACAGAAUGUUAUACCAAUGCUACAGCCGAUAGUGCUACGAUUAAUAAGAGCAACCUCAUAAUGAUCUACGAAUCGAUUGCUUUCCUCUGUGCAUCUUACGUAUUUGCAACUUGGCUAGGUCCAGUUGGUUUUAUCCUGGGCAACUGUGUUAAUAUGGGCCUGCGGAUUUUACAUUCAAUGACGUUCAUUAAUAGGCGACAUCGCGACACUGUAUAUCGUCCUCUUCGAGGACUUGUGCCAAAACCAGUCUUUACUGCAUCUUUGAUUAUAGCAGCACUUAUUACCAAAGUUUCGCACGUAUACUUCUUUCCUGAUGAAAAGUUCAUGCACUUCCUUAUUGGAUUAAUAUCAUUCUUAGUGGUAUUGGGUUCCUGGAUGUAUGAAAACCAAGAGUUGAUCAAGCUUGGUGCAAGCAAGUGGCAUGAAAGAAGAGACAGACACAAGAAAAGCGACUGACCUUAAAUAUUCUUAAUGUUUGGAAUUUAUUCAGAAUACAAUGUGUCAUUGAAAUCAUUAUUGAGUUAUAUAUACACUUGUAAACACGUUAAUAAUUAUCUUUAUUUUACGUAA